AUGUACCUUUUUGUUAGACUCGUGAUUUGGUUUUGUACAUGUGAGGACGAUAGUGACGAUGACGACGAUAAUGAUGAUGUUUAUGAUAACAAAGAGGAUGAUGAUGAGGAUAAUAAUGAUGGUGAAGAUGAUGAUGAGGAUAAUAAUGAUGGUGAAGAUUAUGAUGAGGAUAAUAAUGAUAAUAAUGAUGGUGAAGAAGAUGAAGGGGAUGAUGGUGAUUAUAAAGUCAUUCUUACUAUUCAAGCUUCGAUACAGCCAAACUGCCUUUGUUCAGAAAUGAAUUUUUUGUACGUUUUAUUCGCUUUGGUUUCGGCGGCUACUUUGUGUGAAGCACUGCCUUUGGGUUAUGAAAUCUUUCAUGGUGACGAUAAACUAGACGAAGAAAUGGGCAAAGAUUUUUACGAGAUGCCCAACGCAAUCCAUAAAGAAAAGACUGCGACUGCUGAGGAUAAAGCCAAAGAACAACCACAAAAAAAUGUAAACAAUAAAAACGUCCACAAAGAGGAAGCACAAGUGAGCAAAGAAUCGGAGGAAAGCGAUAAGGCCGCUGAUGAGAAGACAGAUAAUAAAGAAGAGGAACAAGGUGCCGAGAAAUCGAAGCUAGCUUCUGAAGAAGAUAAACCUGAAAAGGAAGAAGAAUCAAAAGAAAGUGAAAAGGAUGCUGAUAAAACUGAUGAUAAAGAAGUGGAAAAAGAUGCCGAGAAAUCAAAGAGAUCUUCUGAAGAUGAUAAACCGGAAAAAGAAGAAGAAUCAAAGGAAAAUGACAAGGAUGCUGAUGAGAAGAAGGAUGAUAAAGAAGAGGAAAAAGAUGCCAAGAAAUCAAAGAGAUCUUCUGAAGAUGAUAAAUCUGAAAAGGAAGAAGAAUCGAAGCAAUGCGAUAAGGAGGCUGAUGAGAAGGAUGACAAAGAAGAAAAAGAUGCCAAGAAAUCACAGAGAGCUUUUGAAGAUGAUAAACCUGAAAAGGAAGAAGAAUCAAAGGAAAGUGAUAAGGAGACUGAUGAAAAGAAUGAUGAUAAUGAAGAAGAAAAAGAUGCCAAGAAAUCAAAGAGGUCUUCUGAAGAUGAUAAACCUGAAAAGGAAGAAGAAUCAAAGGAAAGUGAUAAAGAGACUGAUGAGAAGAAGGAUGAUAAAGAAGAGGAAAAAGAUGCCAAGAAAUCAAAGAGAUCUUCUGAAGAUGAUAAACCUGAAAAGGAAGAAGAAUCAAAGGAAAAUGACAAGGAUGCUGAUGAGAAGGAUGAUAAAGAAGAGGCAAACGAUGUCAAGAAAUCAAAGAAAUAUUCUGAAGAUGAUAAACCUGAAAAGGAAGAAGAAUCAAAGGAAAAUGAUAAGGAUGCUGAUGAGAAGGAUGAUAAAGAAGAGGAAAAAGAUGCCAAGAAAUCAAAGAGAUCUUCUGAAGAUAAACCUGAAAAGGAAGAAGAAUCAAAGGAAAGUGACAAGGAUGCUGAUGAGAAGGAUGAUAAAGAAGAGGAAAGAUGCCAAAAAUCAAAGAAAUCUUCUGAAGAUAAACCUGAAAAGGAAGAAGAAUCAAAGGAAAGUGACAAGGAUGCUGAUGAGAAGGAUAAUAAAGAAGAGGAAAAAGAUGCCAAGAAAUCAAAGAGAUCUUCUGAAGAUAAACCUGAAAAGGAAGAAGAAUCAAAGGAAAGUGACAAGGAUGCUGAUGAGAAGGAUGAUAAAGAAGAGGAAAACGAUGUCAAGAAAUCAAAGAAAUCUUCUGAUGAUGAUAAGCCUGAAAAGGAAGAAGAAUCGAAAGAAAGUGAUAAGGAGACUGAUGAGAAGAAGGAUGAUAAUGAAGAAGAAAAAGAUGCCAAGAAAUCAAAGAGAUCUUCUGAAGAUGAUAAACCUGAAAAGGAAGAAGAAUCAAAGGAAAAUGACAAGGAUGCUGAUGAGAAGAAGGAUGAUAAAGAAGAGGAAAAAAAUGCCAAGAAAUCAAAGAGAUCUUCUGAAGAUGAUAAACCUGAAAAAGAAGAAGAAUCAAAGCAAUGCGAUAAGGAAGCUGAUGAGGAAGAUGAUAAAGAAGAAAAAAAAGAUUCUGAGAAAUCAAAGAGAUCUUCUGAAAAUGGUGAAUCCGAAGAGGAAAAUGAGUCAAAGGAAAGUGAUUCAAAAAGUCCCCAAAAAGAUAGCGAGAAAGAUGAUGAAAAUGAUGCGGAAGAACAAGUAAAAGAAAAACAUGAGAAGUUGAGCAAACACAGUGAUGAAGAACAAGAUGAUGCCGAGGAUGAUGAUGACGAUCAAGCUGAUGACGAGCAUCAUGAUGACGAUCAAGAUGAUGACGAUCAUCACGAUGACGACCGUGAUGAUGAAGAGCAUCACGAUGACGAUCAAGAUGAUGACGAGUAGUUAAAAACCUUUUUACAUUGACAUUGCUGUGAAAAUUAUAUUCCUUUGAACAAUACAUCGGGAUUUCUUAUAAUAAGUAAAAAACAAUUUUAAUGUUUACUUACAUUCAAUUCAAAUUCUUGUAGAUAAAUCUAAAUUAAAAUUACAAAUAAAUUGUGUUACAAGGUGA